GUUUUUACGGGAUUGUUAUUCUCGUUCAGCGUGGAUGAUUAUUAGGUUAGGGUUAAUUAAAAAUCUGUUUAGUGCUCAAAAAGUAUCCCCGUCAAAAGCAUACUUUUCAUUUUCUGGUAUCCAAUUUGGAAGACAAUAUUUCAGAAAAAGCUGCCUGCACCCUUUUACCACACAAUUCACUUCAAUGGCGCAGAGAACAGCUUGUUUGUUUCAGCUGUAUCCUUCUGUUUUUGUCGGUCUGGUAAUUUUUUAUUUGACUUCUGAGGUAACAGCAAACUCCACAUCCACUAUGGUGUCUUUAUCAAUAUCGCCUUCAAAGGCAUCUACAUCAACUAUUGCAUCCUCAACAGUGGAUUUCUCUACAAUGCCACCCAAGACACAAAGCCCAGCAUCAGGAUAUGGUCAUUUCAAUAUAUCAGGGGCAGAUGGGAAACCUUGCCUCCUUUUAGAUAUCUCAUGUGCGGUGACCUUACAACUGCAAAGUGAGGAGACUUUUGACCUUCCACUGAAUGCCAUUCCAAGUGGAACUUGUGGAGAGAAGACAUCAUUUGUGUCUCUUGCUUGGAAAUCAGAAUCGGCCAACAUGACCAUCUCCUUGACAUUCUUGACUGUGAAGGACAAAUGGAUAACUACCAGCCUGGUUUUCACUUAUAUUAAAGACAUCAGUGGGAGUGAGUGGAAAGUGAGUGCAGCCCAAAAUAAUUCUGAAAAGCUGAUGAUGACAGCAGCAAAAGAGAAAAGUUUUAAAUGCAGUGAGAGCCUGGACAUAACACUUGAAGGGAAGAGUAAAGUCACAGUUAGCAUAAAAAAGAUAAAAGUGCAGCCAUUUGGAAGUGACUUUGGUGAAGCUGAUGUUUGCUCUCCAACGCCAGGUAAAAGCCCAGCUGAGCAUGUGGACACUAUUGUACCAACUAUUGUGGGCUGUGUGUUAGCUGGGUUGAUUGUUAUUCUUAUCAUUACAUACUUUGUAGGCCGCUGCAAGAGAACAGGUUAUGAAAAAAUGUGAUUACAAUUUUGUGGAGGUAGUCAGCUAACUAAUUGUGAUUGAGAAUGAUGUGACAGUGAUAAGACUGUUCUUGAUAAUGGAGUGUGAUAUUUGAAGUUGAGUGAGUAUUUGAAAGCAUCCUUUACUUAUUACGAAGACUAAACAAAGGGAAUGAAAUGGGUGAAUGAGAGCAGUUACUCAAGCUGAUUUCACUAGCAUGCAAUGCAUGCAAAAAGUUAAUCCAAAUAACUUGUUUUUGUGACUUGAUUCCCUUGUUUUCAAUAUAAAUUCAGAUAAACACAUUUUUAUUAACAGUUACUAGCACAUUAUGGUAAUUUUAAGGGCCACCUGCUUUCGUAAAAACUUUGAAAUCAUGUGCGUACAUUCUCAAUUGUUCAUAAUCUUUUUGAAGAGUACUCAUUAUUUUUUGAUAGAUGUGUCAUAAAGUGACACAAGUUUUUAACAAGCACUUGUUGUAAUUGUUUUUGAAUAAAUCUUCCUGUAAUCCUC